UCUAGGGCCAGCCCUUCUUCCUGGCCCCUGUAUCCCCUUACUCCAUCCCCUCUGCCCCAUGGCCACCAUCUGCCAUGGAUGAGGGAGGGUCACCAGUGCUGGGGCAAAGCAGGGCCUGCUCCCAGGCUUUGAUACCUACCCAUCACAGAAGGGGAGGGGCUCCUUAAGGAGGUCCUUUCAGGGUCUUCCUCCUCCAAGGGCUGGCCUGGAUGCCACUUCGGGCCCCAGUAAGGUACUGAGUGCUCAUUCUGGUCAGGUGCUGGUGCCAAGGGUGGGUGAUCAUGAAUGCCCUCACAUGCUCAGCCCAGGCCUCCAUCAAAGUUAGAGGGGUGCGGGGCGAAAUCUGGAUCUGUGAUAAAAGGUCGCCUGCCAUUUACUGAGCACUUAUAAUAUGCCUGGCUGCACUGGUUGUGUCACGUGUUUGAUCAGGUAGGCUUUAUUAUUAUCCCCAUUUUACAGAUGAGGAAACAGAGGAGCUGAGUGGGAAAGAUGAAGCUGAUCCAGAUUUGUACCCAGAGCCCCUCACUACCUCUCCUGACUAGGGUGACCGGACUCUGCCAUCGAGGACCCAUGCAGGCACUGUGGUCACAACUGAUGACCAGAAGGGCGAGGACAGGGUGUCCCUGGGAGAGGCCCCCCUUCUGCUGAGGAAGCAGCUUUUCCAGUCAAACAAUAGUGGCUGUUCCUGGCAGGCCACCAAGCUGGGCCAGGCCAUGGGGGAGGGGGGAGAGAGAGGAGUAGAGCCUCCCUGGGAGCUUUUAGGCAUUGCAGGGCCUCAGCCUGGAACAUCUUGUUCUGGUACAGCUGGGGAUACUGAGGCCUGAGGAGGUCAAGGGUCGCAUGAACCUGUCAGAGCAAGCGAUCCACAUCCUACCUCCUACCCCUCACCCCUGUGGCUCCCUACCCCAUCUGCACCUGCCAUCAACGAGAUGAGGGGUUCAGAGGACACUCCCCUCCCCCUGGCCCUCCAGGGGACUGGCCAGGAUGUGGUGGCUUCAGUGUUCCACUGGGAUCCACCAUGCCGGAGAGUCCAGCGGGAAAGGUGCUGCCCCACUUUCAUUCGCCUACAGUAGAGGCCCCCGAGCAGGCAGGAGGCCUGCUCAGGCCUGCUGGAUCCCAAUCAGACCUGAGGCCUGCUUUAACCUGUUUGGUUCAAAGCCUCGCAUCUGAGGCCUGCAGACGCUCAGGCCAGACAAGGGCCCCUGGAGCGUGUUCCAUCCUGCUAGGAGCCAGCCUAGGUGUGCUGGUGCCUGCUCAGCACUGGGGUUUUCGUAGACCUGAGGAGGCCAGCCCUAAUGUUGAAAUGAGCCCAAGUUGGCACUAUCAAGCCUCAGAUCUGGGGUGUCUGCCAGUGCUGGGGGGGUCUGCUUGGGCAUGAAGCAAGUUUAGAUGUGCUCAGGCCACGUAAGUUCUGCUAAUGACUGCAGGCUUAAGUCUCUGCUGAGAGCUGAGUACCCAGUGAGCCCCAGAUGCAUAGCCCUGUUCCCCCAAAGUUUGAGUUUUGGUCAAGUGUUAGGCCUGGCCACCCUCAGCUCCCUACCCCACAGCAUGCUGCUCAGAGGUGGCUGGAGCCCUCCCUUUUCUGAAAGUUGGGUGAGAGGAACAGAUGUGGGGGCCACCAAGUCCAGGUUAGGUUUCACCUUGUCAGUCCACUAACAGGGUUCACAAAGCACGGAGGGGUACGUAUCAACACCAGUCCUGGACAGCCCUUGCUGGGGGUCUUUUGUCUCCGCCACCCCAGCCAGCUCUGGUGGCCCUGCACCAUGCUGAGCCAUGAGAGGAAGGAGGGGGAAAGACGCCAGGACACUGUUGGCUGAGAACCACAGGGUCGCCUGGGCUGCACAGUGGACCCCACCCCUCCGUGUUCCACGGGUUUGGGGGCAGCGUUCUGUCCCAGCCCAGCCCCGGUUCGUCUUGUGGCCCUCCAAGGCUCAGUGAAAUUAAUCAUAAGAUGCGGGCCCAAGGACAGAAAUGACCCCAAGCAUCCGCUGGCUCCGGACCCCACCGCAGCGGGCGUCCAACGGAAAGGGCGGAGCCCGGAGAGGGGGCGAGGCACGGGCUGGGCCUAGAGGACUCGACGCGGGUGGGGUCAGAGGGUGAUUCCCGAGCCACUGACGAGGGGGAGGAGGCAGCAGGGGCGGAGUUCGGCGGGCUGGAAGGAGAGGAGUGUGGCUCCGGCGUUAGAAGGAGGCGUGGCCACCCUGGAUUGGCCGCCCGUCCCGAACGGCGUGGCCGUCAGGGAGCUGGCGUAGGUGGCGGCGUGGACUCGGCCGCCCACCGGCUCCUUUAAGCCCCCCGGCACCGCCCCCACCGACCCGCCCCCAGCACGGCCUGGGCCAGGUUGGCAGCGGGGUCGGCUCCGUGCGGGCAGCGAUGGAGCUGCACAUCCUAGAGCACCGGGUGCGGGUGCUGAGCCUCGCCCGCCCCGGUCUCUGGCUCUACACCCACCCGCUCAUCAAGCUGCUCUUCCUGCCCCGCCGAAGCCGUGGUGUCAGGUGGGGGCAUUCCUUCCUGGCGACCGCGGGGAGCUUUUUACAGAUGCCUCCCAUCGGGUCAGAGGGGCUGGUCUUGGGGGCCCAAGGUCCGACGCUGCGGGACUGUCGCCGCGGGUGCAAGUUCUUCAGCCUGACGGAGACCCCCGAGGAUUACACGCUCAUGGUGGACGAGGAGGGCUUCAAAGAGCUGCCCCCAUCUGAGUUCCUACAAGUGGCUGAGGCCACGUGGCUGGUGCUGAACGUGUCAUCCCACAGUGGCGCAGCAGUGCAGGCUGCUGGGGUCACCAAGAUCGCCCGCUCAGUAAUUGCACCGCUGGCCGAGCACCACGUGUCGGUGCUGAUGCUGUCCACCUACCAGACAGACUUCAUCCUGGUGCGAGAGCAGGACCUGUCCGUGGUGAUCCACACGCUGGCCCAGGAGUUCGACAUUUAUCGAGAGGUGGGCGGGGAGCCUGUGCCCGUUGCCAGGGAUGAUUCCAGCAACGGCUUUCCCCGUGCCCAGCAUGGGCCCAGCCCCACGGUCCAUCCCAUCCAGAGCCCAGAGAACCGUUUCUGUGUCCUCACGCUGGACCCUGAGACGCUGCCAGCCAUCGCCACCACCCUCAUUGAUGUCCUCUUCUAUUCACACAGUCCCCCUAAGGAGGCAGCCUCCGGUGGUCCUGGAUCCAGCUCCAUCACCUUCUUUGCUUUCUCCCUCAUUGAGGGCUACAUCUCCAUUGUCAUGGAUGCUGAAACGCAGAAAAAGUUCCCCAGUGACCUGCUGCUGACCAGCUCCUCAGGGGAGCUGUGGAGGAUGGUGCGCAUCGGCGGACAGCCCCUGGGCUUUGAUGAGUGUGGGAUUGUGGCCCAGAUCGCAGGUCCCCUGGCUGCGGCCGACAUCUCCGCCUACUACAUCAGUACCUUCAACUUUGACCAUGCCCUGAAAAGCCAGAACGGGUCCAGACCUCUGGCAGUGCGCCCACCCUGCCCCUGGGAACCUGGGGGCUGAAGAUCAGAGGAGCAGGGAGCGCAGCCCAGCCCGGUGAGUGGCGGUCGGGCGCCCUGGGCCAGCCCCUUCCCCUUGGCCUCCGUUUCCCCGAGUGCAUUGAGACCUAGGAGGCAACUCCCUCAGGAUCCUAUACCCUUGGACCCUGGGAAGGGGGUGUUUGUUUGUAGUUUGUCUUUGGGUUGGGGAGGGUCCUGCUUCUCUCCCUGGAGGGGCCGCCCUGGGCCUUGGCUCGAGGGAUGUCCUGGGCUGAGAUGGGGAUUUUAGAACCAGAAUUCUUGGGGCUGCCUGACCUGUAGCUAGAGAGCUCCUGGCCGCACGUCCAGCUCUGGGGGUCUGUCCAUCUGUCUGUCAGUUUGUGAGUCACUGCCUGAUUUGGGUGUUUCUGUCAUCCCAGUUUUCCAAGUGUGUGAGGUCUCACCUGAUCCCCCCCACUGGGUCCUAACCUGGCAAUGGUUAGAUCUUGCGACUGCCCGUGGGAUUGGGCUGGGUACGAGGCCACAGGCCUGCCCCGGUGGGCUGGUACAACUCAGGCCCAGGCCUAGAGGCCAGCAUGUCCACCUGCGUCUCCACCACACGCAUGCAAUUGUGUGUGGAAUUGUUAGCUCCCAGGGCAUUAGGGUCCUUGGGGGUCACUGGGCCGGCUCGCGGCCUUCUUGGCAGGUUACAGAUGGGGAGACCUGCUCAGGGAGUGCAGGAGACUGAGACCUCCCUGGGGUUGGGGCACAGGGCUUGGGGCACAGGGCUUGGGAAGUGCCUGGAGAACACAGCUUCUCUGGGAAGGGGAUAUGACCCUGGCCUUCUCGCACAGCUGAUGCGCUGGGUGCUGUCUGACAGGUAGGUCUUGAGCUGUCCUGGGCCAGGGGAGGGGGACUUGCAGAACCACUUCCUUGUCCACCCAGGCUCCAGAGAAUUCUAGGGAAAAGGGAGUCGGUCUGGUCAGCCCAGGCCUCGGGUUGGGUCAUUCAUAACUGAGGUUGGGGGCACUUGCUGGCUCACCUGGAGCCCCAGUCCACCUGUCUGCCUCAGCGCGGCCACUCCUGAGCAUGAGGCCGAGGACCACGGAGCCUAAGCGCUUGUUCUCAGAAAGAUGCAGCCCAUGCCCGGGGAGGGCCCUGCCCGCAGUCCCUCAGCCCCUCAGCCCCACGUCCGGCAUCUGCAGGGUGGGGGGCUGUUGGGUGGGUGGGGACGGGAGAUGAGCAAACCUCAGGCGUGAAGAGUCCCAGGCUCAUUUCUACCCUUUCUGAUCUCCAUGCUCAUACAGAAGAAGUGACCUCUUCAGCCCUCCUUGAAGGCAUUUGAGCAGAAAUUCAGGGUUUAAGGUUUUCACCCCCACCCCAGCUGGGUAGGGCCGUGAGGUCCCACGCUCACCAAGUUGCUCCAGAGCGGGGUUAUUUUCCUGCGUAGAGGGGAGGAUAAGGCCACGCCCUCUCCAUGUUCUACCUGGUCCCACCGGGUGGGACUGGUCCAAGCAGGAGGAAGGAGGGGCAGCUGUCUGCAGCUGACUGACUGUGAGCCCAGGGAAGCUGCUUCCCCAUCCGUAUGUGGGAGAGGGGAGCGGUGUGUUCCAUUAAUUCAUGUACUCAACACACGCUCUCAUUAUCCCCCUUUUACACAGGGGAAACGAAGCACUUCACAGAGGGGUGAAGUGACUUAACCAAGGUCGCACAGCUGGGCAUGGCAGAACCAUUAUUCACAAAGAAGGUCAAUAGUGCCCCUAGGGGCCUGGGGAGGUUCCCUGGGGGAAGGGAUAUUUUAGCUGAACCCUGAGGGACCAGGAGGAUUUUGCAAGAUCCCUCUCAAUCCCAGCUGUCUGCGUUGGUGACUGAGUGUCUACCGCUGGUGGCAAUGGGUGCGUGGCAAUGGGUGUGUCGGCGGGCACGUGAGGCGUAGCCCUGCCUCCUCCCUGACCCUGGGCUGGGCUGGGUGAGCCCGUUGGGCAGCAGGCCCCCGCCUUGUGUCUCACUUUCCCAGGCAGGCCCAGGUGCUGGGUUCCCGAGCCAGGGGUAUCUUAAAUGGGGGUGCCCAGAGCUCCCUUCCCAGGGGGUUGGUCACGGUGCCACAUGGAUGGGUGUGCUGCACUGGUGUGUGCAUUCACAGUGUGCAGGCCUUCAUGGGCAUCUACAGGCAAGUCUGUUUUGGCCAGAAAGUGUGUGUAUGUGUGUCUGUCUACACGUGUGUCUCAGUGUCCGUGUGUCUCAGUGUCCAUGUGACCUUGUACUUAUGGCUCCAUGUCGGAGGUCUGGAUGUCUGUGGCUGUGCAUGCAUCCAAUUUCUUAUAAACAUCAGCUGUGUGCCUGGCUCCGUGUCUCCAUGUGUCCUGUGUAUGUGUGGCUGGUGUGUGCAUCUAUGCCUGUGUGUGAGCAUUUGUGGCAUGUAUUUCUGUGUGUCUGUUUUUGUCUGUGGCUGGGGCAGUUUUUCUAUGUCCAUGUGUGCGUGCACACGUCUGCAUCUUUUGUUUUCACAUUCACACCUGUGCCCGUGUACACCCUCUUGUCCACUUUGCUUCUGGGGACCCACUUCCCUCAGGGCCCCCUGCUCUCCCUCUCCCUGAUAGCAGAAGGCCCAGCUCCCUGCCGUCCCCUGGGGAGUGGUGGGCUGUGCUGCCCAGCCCCCCAAGCCCUACCUCUUCACCUCUGCCCUCCGCCCCUGGCCGCCUUCCCCCCAGCCUCUCCCGUCUCCCUCUUCCCUCUCUGCCCACUUCUCUGUCCCUCUUCUGUCUACAGCCCAAAGGGAGCCUAGCCCUGCUUUCUGUCCCCCUGUGCAUAUGCCCCUCAGCCUGAGCUCUCUGCAGUGACCCAGCCCCAGUGCCCUCUGCAGCCCAGCACCCCCCAUUUCCCAGGGUCCUGAGUCAGCCCACGGUUGUCCUUGCCUGUGUGGCCACCCCAGACCUCCCGCUGGUCUCCCUGCUUGGGUCUCCCUCUCCUCUGGCUGCAGAAGCAUAUUUUCCCCAGCACUAGUGUGCUCCCUCCCUCCCCUGUCUCCAGCCUUCCGCAGCCCCCCUGCUCUGUCUUUGAGACCAGCACCCCCACCCCCACCCCACCCCUGGCCCCCCUCCCCCUCCAGUGUCUCACCUAUACUUGCUCUCUCCUCACAGCAGGAGCCUCCACUCCAGGCAGCUUCCAGGCCCUGUCCUGAGCUGGCAUACCCUGGCCUUUUAAAUUUAGGUGUGCCUUUUCUAAGUUGACAAGAGCCCAUGCACAGGGACUUCCCUGGUGGCGCAGUGGUUAAGAAUCCUCCUGCCAGUGCAGGGGACACACGUUCGAGCCCUGGUGCGGGAAGAUCCCACAUGCUGUGGAGCAACUAAGCCCGUGUACCACAACUACUGAGCCUGUGCUCUAGAGCCCGUGAGCCAUAACUACUGUGCCCAUGUGCCGCAACUACUGAAGCCCGUGUGCCUAGAGCCCAUGCUCUGCAACAAGAGAAGCCACUGCAACGAGAAGCCCACGCACCACAACGAAGAGUAGCCCCCCGGCUGCAACUAGAGAGAGCCCGUGUGCAGCAACGAAGACCCAACCAAAAAUAAAUGAAUAAAUACAUUUAUUAAAAAAAAAAAAAAAAAGCCCAUGCACAGGUGCUCACUGGGCAAUAACACAGAAGGGGCUGUGGGAAACCCUCUGACUCUCCAGCCCCUUUGGAGUCGACUUCCUGCUUCCCAGCCUCUUGGUUUUCCUGGAGUCGUGUUCUUAACUCUGCCUUAAAUUUUUAUUUAAUUGAAGUGAAAUUCACAUAAUAUAAAGUUGACCAUUUAAAAGUAAAUAGUGGGACU